CUUUAUGACUGGUAAAUUCGAAAUUAGUUUUUAUUGACGUGAUUUUUGUUAAAUUAUAUAGUCGAUUAAUUAAUAUGUAUUAUAAAUGUAGCAUUUGAUAGCAUGGAUAUACCCCUAUCUUUUUAGAGUUGGCCAGCGCCGAGUUUGAACGGUCUAGAACUGUUAGCUAAAAACAGAAUCGAGUCAGUUGUGACAAUUGAGUGAUGAACUGGAAGGAGGUCUAGUGGACAUCUUUGGACAUAUUUAUUUACAUAGCAGUGUGUUGACUCAAGUCAGGCCUGUCUCCUCCGUCGAGCUCCACCACAGGGGAAGAAGAGACGACGCGGGCGGUCCAAGGGAAAAAUCGUACCAGCUCGACGGGUCAAUAACCGCCUCCUGCCGCCAGCACCCAGAAGCUGAGACAGGUGGUACACCGGGGUCUGGGCGCUCGGUGGAGGGAAGCUGAAGGCCAGCCACCUACCCUCACCUGUGGUGCUGCCACAUCCACUGCUGCAACUUUGCUCAACAUUCCGUUGUGGUAUCACUGAGGCGGUUAAAUGUCCGUUUCAGGUCGUGAGUACACAGUCCCGUCUACGUUCACCAGGUCCCUGGCACAGACGGUGGACUUGUUCGUCAUAUGUAAUGUGCAAACCUUUUUGUUGCUGUACACCGGUAGUGGCAUGAAUGACUGUAACAGGUUCCACUUCAAAGUCGUUAUGCCAUCUGAUAAAAAGUUCCAUCUAGAUGUGAUCGCUGCAGCACUGAACAUAAAGAUGCUAAUGAUCGUGUAUGAGGUCCUCUGUGUUUGGGGCGUCAAUGGAGCCACUCCAGGAAAAUAUCUGUUCGGUUUGCGAGUGGUGAUGUGUGACACAUCAACAACGGUGCGGCCCAAUCGGAUUCUUGUGGUUCCUGGAUCGAGCAUCUCCCUCUCUGCCUGCAUCGUGCGGGUCUGUUUGAAGGUCAUUAUUUCGUCCUUCUUCCCGUUCUUCAUUGGUGCCGGCCUCGAACUAGACAGAAUGUUUCAUGACGUUGUAGCAGGAACCAUCGUUGUGCAGCACAGCGAGGACAGACAGGCUCGGGUGUAAAUGCGGCACCGAAGGGUCGAGUUCAACUAGAGCUCAGCUCAUCUGCCUUCUCGCCUUCAUAUGCUACGUUUAUCUAAGUAACACGGAUAUUUGCAUUUGUUCCAAAAGUCUGAAGUGAAACUUCAGUUUUAUUUAUUUGUUAGAAAAUUCUAAAACUUUGUGCAAAUUCAUGAAAAAAUAUGCAAAUUUUCUGCUUGCAGAAAUGAAGCGGUUCAUUGUUUUUGAUUCCCUGUGGUUGUUUUUUUAUUAUUUGUAAAGAAUCUGAAAUAUGUGGUGUGACCUUCAGCAGCCGCUCUUACACUGUGAAUGUAUGACCAAAUAUUUCUAUUUUAGAAAAUAUAAAAUAGUUAAAUUUGACCUUUUGGCAAACGACAGAUUUUUAAAAUGUGUUUCUACUCUUAAAGAAACAGCUGCAGCUUCCGUACACUUACUGUGUGUGCCUUUGGGGUCAAUUUUUAUUAAGUUUUGUUUUGAUGGAUUUAAAUUUAAUAACCUUUUAAGCCUCAGAAAAGCAAAGUUUGUACAUUUUCUUACAGUUUGUGUGACUCAGAGCGACAUUCACCAUUAAUAGAAAAGUUUAUUGUAAAAUGUUUCUGGUAAUAAAUAUUUCUCAUUUUCCACCAGCAA